AAAAUUUAAAUCGAAUCUCACAUCUCACUAUGACAAAUUGACGUAAAUAUAUUGUCUAAUACCUGUGUGUACACGGAUGAGACACGUACAGUUAAUACAUUGGAUGAGACAGUGAACACUUGGCAACACUCAUAGAUAUUAUUUAUUGUUCAAACUUCUAAUUCGGGUCUUCGAACACGUUAAUAUUUUCUUGUGCAUCUUUUUUCUAAUAACCAUCAUAUAUAAUCAAUUCAUCAAGUUCUAUCUUCCACCUUUACAUCUUUGGAAUAUUUAUUGCAGAUCCAGGCUCACCUAACUGAAGGCAGUGGUGGAAUAAUGACGACGAUCCAUCAUUUCUGUCUGCCUGUAAUGGUGAUGGUUAUUUUCGGCGCCUCAAUUAUGUUGACUCCAAUAAAGGCAAUGCGAGUAAAGGCAAAACCAAUAAAGCCAUCACUUGAUAUUUCAAACGAAGAGUACAUCGCUAGAAGAAUCUAUUGGAGUAUCACUGGUAUAGAUUUAGGAAAAGAGAAAUUAUAUAUCCAACCUCGUGCCAUAGAGGCUGAUGAAAUAAAUAGGAGAAGAAAUAAAAAAACCCCUGCAUAUGAUCCCAAAGGAAAUGAACUUCUGAAAGAUCUUCUUCCGCCAGUAACAUUAAAGGAUAUAUUACACAAAUUGAAUAGCCAAGAUAAGUAUAUGGAAGCAGGACUCCGACUCUGUGUCAACAUUGACCUUUGGAGAAAGAUAGAAUUACGAAGCAUAUUUCCUGAAACUAUAGCUAAUCAAUUGGCUGCAAGUCUGGGGCUUGUAAGGGAAACUGAUCAUAAAACAACUAGUGAUGUGAUGACAUUGGUCAAAAAUAGAGCUUCAAAUCCCAACUAGAUCUUCGAACUAAUCUUAAAACUAGGACAAGACGAAGAAAAAAAGAAGAUGGAAAAGAAGAAAUCCGAAUGAAAUAUAGUGGAAUAUUGAUAAAAAUAAGUUAUUUUUUCUCUGUAUAUUGCUGUUGAAUACAAUUCAAUAAUAAAAAGCAAAUUAUUUAUUCAAAAAUAAAUGUGAAAUCACUACCUUAUCUGUUAUCUUGAUACUUUCAAUCUAGCAUGUAAAUGCUUCCUCAUCCCUGUCACACCAACUCCGCUACCGCCGCGGGAGCGAAAUUUUAUAAAUCUCUCCCUAUGUACUCCACCUGC